AUGUGCGACCUGUGCGCUCCGAACCACCCCGAGACCAAGACCUUCACCGAGCUGGUCGAACUCGUCGAGAACCAUCUAGAACCAAGACGUUCAGAAAUCGCCGAACGCCACACGUUCAGACAACGACGUCAGAAUGAGGGCGAAUCGAUCGGAAGUUUCCUUCAACACCUAAAACAUCUGGCCACCUAUUGCAACUUCGGUAACAAGCUUGAAGAAAAUAUCCGGGACCAGUUCGUGUCGGGACUGCGCAGUGACGACAUGCGCUCCCGGCUGUUCGCGGAGCAGUCGCUGGACUACAAGAAGGCGGUGGAGCUGGCGCUGGCACUGGAGGCGGCGGAGCGGCACGCGGCGGAGGCUGCGGGGGCCGCUGCUGGGGGCGCCGCGCCGUGGGCCGCGGCCGGCUCGGCGAGACUCGUGGCGGCAGAAGGUACAAAGUGGGUGUGGUCUGAAUCGUGCGAAGUGGCUUUUAAAACGGUCAAAGAAAAGUUGAGUAGCGACCCGGUGUUGUGCCACUACGACCCGACACUGCCGCUGGUGCUGGCGGUGGACAGCAGCGCGUACGGGCUGGGCGCCGUGCUGGCGCAGCGCCACCCCGACGGCAGCGAGCGCGUGCUGUGCUGCGCCUCGCGCACGCUCAACGCCGCCGAGCAGCGCUACAGCCAGAUCGACAAGGAGGCGCUCGCCAUCGUGUACGGCGUGACGCGUCAUCCCCAGUACCUCUUUGGUCGUCACUUCACAUUACGAAGUGACCACAAACCACUGAGCUAUAUUUUUGGGCGUAAGAAAGGUAUUCCGGAGACGGCGGCCAGCCGACUGCAGCGGUAUGCGGUAAGAUUAGCCGCCUACGACUUCGACAUCGUGUUUGUUCCAACCGAAAAGAACGGAAAUGCUGAUGGGUUGUCGCGCCUACCACUACCGGUAAGUAAAACUGAGUCUGAGUACAACGAUGACGCGGCAUAUUUACACUUCGUAGAGGACAGCUUUCCUCUCAGCCACAAACAGGUGGCUACAGAAACUAAAAAUGAUAAAACCUUAUGCAAAGUAUAUGGGUAUGUGAUGAGUGGUUGGCCAUUGGACGUCGAAGAGGAGGAGAAGCCGUACUUCCAUCGACGAGAAAACCUCCACAUCUCUCACGGUUGCAUCGUGUGGGGCUGGCGCGUGGUGGUGCCGGCGCGGCUGCGCGCGCAGGUGCUGGACGAGGUGCACGCGGGCCACGCGGGCGUGGUGCGCAUGAAGCAGCUGGCGCGCGGCUACGUGUGGUGGCCGCGCCUGGACGCCGACAUCGAGGCGCGCGCGGCGGAGUGCGCCCCGUGCCGCGCGCAGCGGGACGCGCCGCCUCACGCCGCGCCCGUGCCCUACGUGUGGCCCAGCGAGCCGUGGUGCAGGCUGCACGUGGAUUUUCUCCAACAUCAAGGUAUUUAUUACUUUGUUAUAAUCGACGCCCACUCGAAAUGGAUCGAGGUGUUCCCCAUGGCUAGGGGCACUACUGCCACUCUCGUGACGGCCAAAUUGAGAGAAACAUUUUCUCGCUUUGGCCUACCAAAACAGUUGGUUUCAGACGGCGGACCGCCGUUUACAUCCGCUGAUUUUGAAAAGUUCCUAGUUUGUAAUGGAGUCAAACACAUCUUGACAGCGCCCUAUCACCCUUCAAGCAACGGUGCGGCUGAAAACGCCGUCAAAACGGUGAAAAAGGUAAUAAAAAAAGCUACCGCCGAGGGAGACAAUGUUGAAAGGGCCAUUCAAAACUUUUUACUAAUUUAUAGAAACAGUUUACACGCGACGACGGGCCGCGAGCCGGCGGUGGGCAUGCUGGGCCGCCGCCUGCGCAUGCGCCUCGACCUGCUGCGCCCCAGCACGGCCGACGUGGUACAGGCUGCGCAGGAGAAGCAACUCGACUACGCCAAGGGUUCGAGUCGAGAGUUGCAGCCAGGUGACAAUAUACUCUUUAGAAAUUUCUCUAAACAUGGGGAGAAGUGGGAAGAAGGUGAGAUUACGGAGCGAACAGGAGCCGUCACUUACAAGGUGAAGUCAGGUCAAGGUGAACAAAAGAAACACAUUGAUCAGCUUAUGCCUAACAAGAGGCCAAUGAGGUAUUCAACUCCUGCUGCAGAUGAGAUCAGUCGUAGUGAGCCGCCGGCUGCUGAGGCGACCUCGCCAGUACAUGACAGGUGGGAGUCCCCGCCCAGCUCCCCGCCCCGCGGCGACCCCGCUGCGGCAGGUAACGCUGAAGUAUUCACUCCACACCCAUGCACCACGAGCCCGUCUGCUUCAGGCGAAUAUGUUAACACCCGCCCUCGGCGCCGUUAGUUCAAUUAACUUAAAUGUAUGAUAUACGUACUUAUACCUAAAUAACAUAUUUUAGUAAAUAUACCAAGAUAUUUUUAUUCUAGUUUGUUUAUGGUGUACUUAAGUAUCUUUUCA